UGUUAGUGCCAUAUCUGACGUGACUGCACAUCCUGGACUAUUACUCCCAGUGUAAACUACUUUAUGAAGCGCAAACAUGAGCCUGUAUGCAAGGAGAGCAACACUGCCUGCAAUCACCCCCCUGGUGCUCCAGAAAAGGGUGAUUCAAGUCUUCAGUGAAGAUGGAACCAGUAGAGCCUUGGAAUUGCCAAAUGAUACCACUGCUAUGAAUGUGUGCCAACUUCUGAUCCAAAAGAACCACUAUGUCGAUGACCAGAACUGGACAAUGUUUGAGCAACUGUCCACAUUGUGUCUAGAAAGAAUUAUAGAAGAUCAUGAGCUGGUGAUUGAUGUGCAGUCAAAGUGGGACAUGGAGGAAGACUGCAGAUUGUGCUUCAGGAAAUAUUAUGCAAAAUAUGAAUUUUUCAAAAAUCCAGAGGACUAUUUUCCAGAUUUAAUGCUGUCUUAUUCCAAUGAAGUGAAUGGCACAGCCAAGUCUUUGGAUACCUUAAAGACUUUUCUUAGUGCAACCACAUACCCCGAAGUCCACAGCUACCUGUACAUGUCAGAGAAAGGGAAGAAGUCAUGGAAGAAACAGUAUUUUGUGCUACGACGCUCUGGACUAUACUAUUCCACAAAAGGAACAUCUAAGGACCCCAGACACCUGCAGUUCUUCAGUGACUUGAGCCAGAAUAACAUAUAUAUGUUACUGUCUGCAAGAAAGAUGUAUGGAGCACCAACAGACUAUGGGUUCUGCCUAAAGCCUAACAAGACAGGAGGAGCCAAGGAAAUGAAAAUGCUGUGCGCGGAGAAUGAAGAGAGUAAAAGCUGCUGGGUGACAGCAAUAAGACUGUAUAAGUAUGGUAAACAGAUUUACCAAAAUUAUCUCAAACCUCAACAAAAAGAUGAUCUGAAUGGGCACAGUCUAUCAGCGAUGAGAAGCAUAUCCGAAAACUCUCUUGUGGCAAUGGACUUCUCAGGCCAUAAAACCAGAGUCAUCGAAAAUCCCACAGAAGCUUUGUCCAUUGCUCUUCAAGAAGGACUGUUAUGGAGGAGGAAAAGCUGUGGACGGAUCAGUGCCCAUGUUGUCCCUACAACGUCUCAAAAUUCAAAACUGAACAUAGCGAUCCAUAUGUCACAACCCUGGUUCCACCAUAAAAUAUCAAGAGAUGAAGCACAGAAACUGAUACAUCAGCAAGGUCUUGUAAAUGGUGUAUUUUUGGUCCGGGACAGCCAAAGUACUCCAAAAUCAUUUGUCCUUUCUUUGUGUUAUGGGCAGAAGAUAAAGCAUUUCCAGAUUCUACCUAUUGAAGACGGAGGAGAGCUGUUUUACACUUUAGAUGAGGGACACACAAAGUUUACAGAUCUCACACAACUUGUUGAGUUUCAUCAGCUGAACAGGGGGACCCUGCCCUGCACCCUGAAGCACUACUGCACCCGGGUUACGUUCUAACUGUGCACAUGAACUGCUGUAAAUAAUAAUCACUGUAUUAAGACAUUAUUACUAUUGUAUAUACACUGUGUCGGAAAGGUCUGGAAUUAGAAAUAGAGACUGUCAUAGAUGGAAAAACAGAAUGUGAAGAAUCUUUCAUUUGUAAACAAAAGCGUGACGAAGGGCGAACCCACAAUGAAGCCCCAAGUCACAUGCCCAUGAGUGCCUAUGAUUACACUCUGAGGACAUGAAUCAAAAAGUCUAUGCUGAAAAAUGUAUAUACAAAUACUGUAAUAAAAAUAUCUGAAGGUGUUAAUAAC